AUGGUUGUUGAUGAGUCUCUGAACAAGUUUGACAGUCAUGUGCCACCUGUUGUGAAGGAGUUAUCAACCCAAGCUUUCUCGGCUGUCCAGAAGGCUCCUGCAGCUGCUCAAUCUGUGGCCUCAGAAGUCAAGAGCACUGGUGUGGUGGAAACUGCUUCAGGUUUAGCAAAAACUGUAUACACCAAGUAUGAGCCAACUGCCAAGGAGUUCUACUCUAAGUAUGAGCCAGUAGCUGAGCAGUAUGCUGCUUCAGCUUGGCAUUCCCUUAAUAGGCUCCCACUCUUCCCUCGUGUGGCUCAAGUUGUUGUCCCAACUGCAGCUUAUUGUUCCGAGAAGUACAACCAGACUGUACAACACACAACCGAGAAGGGAUACAAGGUUUCAGCAUAUCUCCCAUUGUUGCCCACGGGAAAGAUUGCCAAAGUAUUUGGGGCCAACGAUGCACAAGCCCAAGAGGCUUUUCCCAGCGGUGAGGAAUCUGCUGUCCCAGUGCAUUGAUGUUCAGUCCAUGUUGAUGUUUUGUAAACCCAAGAGGCUUUUCCCAGCGGCAAGGAAUCUGCUGUCCCAAUGCGUUGAUGUUCAGUCCAUGUUGAUGUUUUGUUUUAUGAUAUGUUUGUAAAAUUUAGGAGGAGUUGAUGCUGUGCUUAGAACUGUUUAUUUUCUAUUUCUUAUUUGGUGUGGUAAAAUAUGGGAUGUGUUUUAUGUAAAAAGCUUUGCAACUUUGGUGACUCUAGUUCUGUGUAAUGAAUAUGUUUCUUAUUGUCAUGUUUGUGCCUUAUUGCUGUAGUUUUUAGUUUAUGAUAGGCAACCUCCUGAUUCUGCAACUGUUACUUGUAACUUUGCCUUCUCAUUCACGACUCUUGUUUUAUGGGGGCUGGGUUCUUAUUUUCACGUUACAGUUG